AUGAACCCCGAGAUAGAGAGCGUGAAUGAGCAACUCGAGGAUCAGGCCCGACGACUUUCAGCUUUAAUUGGCGCAACAAAGCCCCGUGCCACUGACAGGUUUUUCUUGGUCCUUGGUAGAACAGGUUCGGGCAAGAGUACCUUCAUAUCCCGCUGCACAGGGAAAGAUACUAAUAUUAGCCACGGCACCGACUCGUUAGAUGUGUUUGACAUGAACUGGGAGGGGCGUCGCAUUUACUUAAUUGACACUCCUGGGUUCAAUGACACAAAUAGGUCAGAAAUUGACACAUUGAGUGUCUUGGCCACCUACCUGGGCGCAUCUUACUCAAAUGGCGUGCGAAUCUCUGGCCUGCUGUUGCUACAUCCAAUAUCCGACAAUCGAGUGUCUGGCACCGACCUGCGGACCAUUGAGAUGGUAGAGGCCAUGUGUGGAUUUGACAGGUACGAUAACUUGGCCAUUGCCACGACGAUGUGGCCGGAGCAUUCCACAAAAUAUGAUAGGGCGACACUCAAUGCCCGCGAGGCCGAGCUCGCUGGAAGCGAUAAAUUCUAUGGUUCGAUGACAUCCAAAGGCGCAGUAAUGUUUAGGCACCAUGUCACAGGGAGAAAAGGCUACAAUGACAAGAUAUUCUCAGCGGAGCGCAUCCUGGCUCAUCUCAUACGCCGAUCGGACCUUUAUGCUCCAAAGGUCCUACGACUACAAAAGGAAUUGAUAGACGAAAAGAAGACAAUAGGUGAGACAUCAGCCGGAGCCAUCGUUGCCGCCGACGUGUAUAGACACCGCCAAGUCCGGGAGAGCGCAUUGCAGCAGUUGGAGGAGAGGAUAAGGGAACACAUCUAUGGUGGUAGUAAAUCACACCUUGUUGAACUACGGCAAACCAAAGCCGCGUGGCAACAAGAGUUAGAGAAAUUAGAGAAGAGCAAGGAAACAUUGAGACAGUCGAUGGCGGACCUUGGAGAAAAGGAGUUCCAAAGAGCAAAACAGAAAAUCGAUGAGAUUGAAGACCACCUCAUGGAGCAGGUAAAUCUCAAAGAGGAGGACUUAAAGGAUAUGGAGGAUUCUCUUCACCACAUAAAUAGUAGCCGAGCUAUGGCAUUGGCCCUCCCAAAAGCCCCAGAAUCAGGCGACGGCUCUGGCUCAAGUGGGCAGAAUCAAGCGAGCAGGCGACGGACGCCGUCUCCCACGCCAUCGGCUACACCAUCAGCUUCACCAUCUACCAUUGAGAGGCACCUCUUGAGCCAGAAUGAGGAACUUAUGAGGUUGGUCAGGAUAGCCAGGAGAGAUGCCAGCGAGAUGCGUAGGAUAUAUGCAGCGUUCAAAGGAAAGACGAGGGACCAAGCUCUAAACGGGACGGUAAAUGGGGUUGCUGCCGGGGCCAUGUCUGGCAUUAUCGCUGCUGUCGCCGCAGGAGGGCUUCUCUGCUCUGUAAUGUAG